AUGGCAAAGCAAUAUGGAAACGUUUACACUAUACGAAUAGGACUUCUACCUGUCGUAGUACUGUCUGGCUUCCAAGCCGUGAAAGAAGCCCUGAUCAACCAUGAGGAAGAUUUUGUUGACCGACCGGUGACCCCUUUCCUUAGAACAACAUUAAAAGGAAGGGGAAUUGUAUUUUCAAAUGGUCACACGUGGAGGCAGCAGAGGCGGUUUGGUAUAGCUACUAUGCGGAAGCUGGGGCUGGGGAAGAAAGGCAUGGAGCACCAAAUAGAAGAGGCAGCCCAUCGUCUUGUGGAGGUCUUUGCAAAUUCAAAGGGACAGCCAUUUGAUCCAUCGGUACCAAUCACGAAGUCAAUCUCCAGUAUAAUAUGUGCUUUGACAUUUGGAAACCAGUUAUCUACAGAUGAUGAAAACUUUAAGAGACUGCUGGAGAUACUUGAAAUGAGCUUACAAUUUGGAGGCAGCUUUUUCCAUGCUCUUUAUGAAAUGUUCCCAUGGAUCAUGCAAUAUCUCCCAGGAACUCAUAAAAAGAUAUUUUCUGCCUAUGAUGAGGCAAUUUCCAUUGUGCUGAAGGAGAUAGAGAAACAUAGGGAGCAACAUUCCCUGACUGAGCCACAGGACUACAUUGAUUUCUAUCUACUUCAGCUUGAGAAAACCCAGAAUGAUCCUUAUACUACAUAUGAUGAAGAUAAUCUGGCUGAGUGUAUUCUGGAUUUUUUUGGUGCAGGGACAGAGACAACUGCUUCUACUCUGAAAUGGGCAAUGCUCCUUAUUGCAAUUCAUCCAGAAGUCCAAGAUAAAGUCUACAAGGAGAUGGAAGAUGUUUUUGGUUCCUCUCACUCAAUCUCCUAUCAAGAUCGUAAGAAACUACCUUAUACCAAUGCAGUGAUUCAUGAGAUCCAGCGUGCUAAAUAUAUAUUGCUUUUUGGGCCACCUAGGCAGAGUGUGAAGGAUGUAAACAUACUUGGUUAUCCCAUUCCCAAGGGAACCUUUGUUAUUCCAGAUCUGCGCUCUGUUCUUUACGAUCUGAAACAAUGGGAGAAUCCUAGAGAGUUCAAUCCAAAUCAUUUUUUGGACAAGGAUGGAAAUUUUGUGGCUAGAGAAGAAUUUCUGGCAUUCGGAGCAGGAGCCCGUGCAUGUAUUGGGGAGCAGAUGGCGAGGAUUGAGCUGUUCAUCUUUUUCACCAGCCUGCUGAGGGCAUUCAGCUUCCACAUACCAGAAGCAAAGAAACUCAACAAAGAACCUGUAACAGCAUUGACAAUGCAUCCCCGUCCUUAUAAACUCUGUGCUGUUCCCCGCAGCAGUUCAUCGUAAAGCAUAUACUGUAAAAAAUAAUAAUACUUCCAGCGUCUUAUAUCUUGCUGUAAAUUUCUACAUCGUUCUUGUUCUCUUCAUCCAACAUGUAUUACAGGAAGUUGGACUAGAUCCCUUUCAACUCUGCAAUUCUCG